CCUAGACCACCAUCGCCGGUGACGGAACCCUAGUAACUAGUGCUAAGCAGCGACCUAAUCAAGAAGGAAGCGAAUGUCAAACGGUACAGAACAGAUGCAUCAAUCACCGGAGAAAUCUGCUCAACAAUCGAGGAAGCGUUCUGCGCCGUUAGACAGUUGGUUACCUGAUGGUUGGAGAGUUGAAGACAAGGUUCGAACCUCCGGUGCUACAGCUGGUUCUGUGGAUAAGUACUAUUACGAACCAGUCACAGGGCGUAGGUUUCGGUCCAGGACCGAAGUACUGUACUACUUGGAACAUGGAACCACCCCUAAGAAAGGAAGCAAGAAAGCAAACAAAACCGAUUUCAGUCCAGACCAUAUGGAAGGCCAAGGAAGAAAUAAAACCAGCAGAAAAGAUAAAGAGCAGCCACCACCGCCACCGCCACCACGGCCAUUGAACUUUGAUUUUGAGAAUGCACCGGAGAAGGUAAGCUGGUCUAUGGCGAACUCAGGAGAUGAAGCUUGGGAAACUUUUGUUGGGGAAGACAAGGUUCAAGAUUCAGUGAGGCUAGAUUGGUUCACUGCCUUUACCACUGUCACGACCAAAAACCCAAGUAAAUUGUUUUUGUUGUGAGGAUGAUGUCUCGGUGGUGAUUUUUGGGUUUUUGCAAGUAUUGUAACCUAAAUGGAGAUGGUAGAGUUAUUUAACUGGGUGGUGGUUGCUUAGAAUUCACAUGAUUUAAGUUAGCUGUACUUUAACGUAAACUGAGAUGGUCAGAGAUAUUUAAAUGGGCGAUGCUUGCUUAGUAUUCACA